GGACGUGUUUGGCGGCGAGCGGGAGUUUAUUGUUAGAUAGCUAGAAAGAUAGAUAGUUAUUGUUUUUUAUUUUUUGUGUCUAUUUUUACAUGUAAAGUUGGUAAAAAUACAGCAGUUUGAAUAUAAUGUCUCAACUAAUUGAAGUGGACUUACCGCCGAACCUGUCAUGUCUGAAAAACAUAGACACCCUGCUUCGGUGUCCUAUCUGCUUUGAGUUUAUCAACAUCACCAUGAUGACUCAGUGCUCUCACAACUUUUGUUCCCUCUGCAUACGGCAAUUUCUCUCCUACAAGUUAGUGUGUCCUGUUUGCAACUUGCCAUCGACUGCACAAGACCUGAGGAACAACAGAUUAAUAGAUGAGUUAGUUCAGAGCUUCCAAAAUGCAAGGCAACAGCUGUGUCAGGCAAAUUUUGAAUCACCCCCCAUUUCCCCUGAAAACCCAGCUAUGAUGGUCAAAGGCAAAGCAGCGAGACAAAAGGUCUUAAAAAAGGAAGCAACCACCCUCAGCCAAUUUUUCCAGAAAAGGGCCCCCGUGAUGACUCUGUCAGGGGCCCAAACAGAUCUUCAGCGUAACUUCUCCGUCAAAGAAGAACCUAUGGAGGUGCAAUUUCAGCAGCCCAACAGCCUCCAGCAGGAAAUUGGAGAGGAUACGACAGGAAUGGUGAAAGAAGAGAAGAUGAAUGUAGCAGUUUUUCCCUCCACAUCACAAAAUAAUGCAGGAAUAAAAGUUGAGUGUCCUGUCUGUGGAGUGGGUGUGUCCGAGCAGCACAUUAAUAAACAUCUAGACACGUGCUUGAACCGAGACGAUAAGAAGGAGGGAUUGAGAAGUGGUGGGAGGCGUAAGGCCAUGCCUAAGCUGUUGUACACUCUCAUUAGUGUUCCAAAGCUGAAGAAAAUGCUUAAAGAAUGCCACCUGUCCACUCAGGGCCGCAGAGAUCAGCUCACUCGACGCCAUCAGGAAUUCACGCACAUCUAUAACGCACAGUGUGAUGCACUCAACCCCAAAUCCGCUGAAGAGAUCGCUAAAGAUGUUGAAAACAAUGAGAGGAUGAGGAAUCAGGUGGACAGCAAACGGAAACCUGUAAUUGUCACGACGAAGAAUCAAACGGCUGACGAAAUUGAGGAGUUGCAUUCAAUGUACCGGAAGCAGCACAGUAGCGAAUUUUCCCGUUUAAUCGCCCAGGUCAGAGGUCGUCUGGAGACUUCCAAGAGAACACGGAUCAAACAGGAAGAGGGGCUGUCAACACAGGAGACAUACUUAAAAGCUGCUCAUAACAGCAUUCACAACAUUACCCAGCCUUUAUUUUCCACAAUGCUGAAGGUAAAGAGUGAAGAGAGGGACAUGGUAAUUGAGCUUCCAUCAAGAUCACCAAGCCCUGCAAUCAGUGAUGUGUCAGUCAGCAGAACAACACGUGAUGUAAUAAAGAAAACACCGCUAUUAAUCCUUGAGAUUUCCAACCCAGCAUACAGCUCCAUCUCAGAUGUUUUCGGUUGAAGACCCGACAGCAGCUUCUGAACCUGUUGCCCCAGACAAAAUCCCUUCAUCCACAGUCAUCUAAUGAAGGCACAGAGUCUAGCCAGUUGUUGGCUUGGAUCAGAUAUCUCUUGUUCCUGCACAUCUGGAGCGUGUAAGACCUUCCUUCAAUGUGUCCAUAUUGAGAGGGCUUGUUCUUCUUUGAUGGAGCAGUGCCUCCCACCAUGAGCCACUCACUGGGGGAUAAAAUUUGCAGGCAGUAGCUGCUUUCUCACUAGUUCAGUUCUGUCUAAAUACAACAUACACCCAUCCAUUUCUCCCAGGUUUUGAGGAUCCAUCUCAGGACUCUAUAUGAAACCCAUCAGGGUUUUCUAUUACCGGUAUAUGUUUUUACUGCUGAUAAUUUUUAUUGUGGCUAUGUCAAACAUGGUAUUAAAUCUGGGCUGUUACUAAAAAGUAGUGGUGUUUUUGUAUAGUAUAGUCAAGUAGAAGUAGGAAGAAUUGUUAAUCAGUCCCGCAAUUUUUCCGUAUAAACUGUAAAUUUGAGGUUUUCUCCAUAAUGACAGCGGCAAAACAAAUGCUCAGAAAGCUUGAAGCAGUCGAUACAUUUCCAACUGCACAGCAACCAUUGUAUCAUCUCCACAGUUUAGAAUAAGCAUCUACUUCUUGUCUUCUCUGUCACUUUGUGUCAUUAACCCUGCAUGGGCAAAAAUUUACAUUAGCCAUUAUGCAAAUUUUAAAGUGAAACUGGAACGCUUUGCGUUCAUACGAAUGUUAAAGUAAAACCGGUAUGUUUUGUCUUCACUGUCGAAAGCCUCAUCUAAACUUUUAAACGGUGCGUUGGAGGGUUGAAAAUUAACAAAAAAAAUUCAAUUCUGUUACAGCCCUUAUUUAUUUGUGAAAAUAGUCCUCUUGCUCUAUCAGCCUAUUGGCUGAGGUGUGAAUUGGGGCUUUGAGAACACAUCAGCUCAAUUUAUUUCAGUGUAAUUUAAAGGGGAAGUAGAAAACUGGAAUGGAGGAGGGAAACUUAUUCUUUUGUAAUUUAUUGUUUUGUACAUUUAUAAUUUAGCUUUUAUUUCAAACAACUUUGGAACAACACCUGUACAACUGCCUUUAAUGCCCCAGAUUGACACUUAGUGCUGCUCUUGUAAGGCUAAAAAAAACAACGGCAUUUUAAACAGUAAUGUCACAGACUUUUGACAUCUAUCCUCUGACAGUAGCCUAACCACAAUUACCAACUUUGCAAGUCAGCCCCUUUCAAUGCCUGAAUCAAACAGUUUGGCUGUUCAAAAGUGGAUUGAUUCUUAAUAAAAAAGAUAUUGCCUAGUUCUCCACCUACUGUAGAAAUUCUGGGUUUAUGGACAGUAUAGCUCAAAAAACUUGUUUUGAAGUAUGAUUUGAAAAUCCACCAGAAAUACUUUAUCUCGGCACCUUGUUUCCACAUACUGUUAUUUGGGACAUAAUCGUUAUCAGUGAUCGACCCAUAGGCAUGAUAUGCCUAUUAAUUAAUCACAAUUGAUCACAUAUUUGCUCAGAAAGCACCUCAAACAACAAUAACAUGACAUUUAAUUACAUGUAAUUUUAAAAUAUUUAUAAAUAUAUUUAAUAAAUACAAAAACUUUAAAAUGCAUAACAUUGUGGCAGACGAGUAAAGCAUUGAUAAGACGAUACAAAUGUGGCUUCAGAAGGCAAAAUAUUAUUUAUUUCCAUAUUAAUAAACAUAAGGCCUAAAGUCCACAGCCAUCGAUUUUGCAAUUGAAUUCGUAAAUCUGUCUGAGGUUGAUUUAUUAUGAGGGCUUUUCUAUGCACACGUCAGUGUACACAUGCAUCAGACGGCCGCUUUUGGAGCAUCUCACUUUGGUUGCAUCGUGUGAAACAUCGUUUUAAGGUCAUUGUAAGUUAAAUGUAAUUUGAAACAAACAAUCCCUGCAUUUGGAAUUGUGCUCUAACCAGCUGUGGUUAAACGUACAAACGCGCUCUCAUCUUGUGCUGUUGCUAGUGUCAAGCACGCCUGAGUGUGGUUUGUUCUCUGUAUAAAUUGCGUGUUGCCUGUACAGCUUAAUAAAAUUACAGUCUUAUUAUAGAAUCUUAUUACAGUUCAGGGACAUGAUUAUUUGCAUCAUUUUUUAAUGCUUAAUUUUUUUAUAUAAUUAAUCGUGCUGAAUUAUCAUGUUAAAUCGACAGCCAUAUGCGUUAGUAUAUUAACAAGGUUGGUCAGUAGAUUUUGGCACCGAUACAAAGGGGAAACUGCCACUUCUGUUAAUUUUCAGAGUCAACAGGUAAUCAAUUUAAUGCAAAUAAUCUCAGACUAGCCAAAUAUUGGCUACUUAUGGCUAUUUAUAUCACUAAUUGGGAUGGAAUGUAUGCAAACUGGAAUGUGUUCAAAAGUGUAAUUCUUUAAUUUUUUUUUUUUUUUUUUUUUUUUUUUUUUUCUCUAUUAACACAACAAUUAACAUUGGUUAAUGGAAGCUAGUUAAAAUUAAAUGAAUGCUCUUUGGCUGAUCAUUACCAGUGGUCUGUUGUGGUUUACUUAGAUGAAUGGGAGCAAGUUACAAUUUUUUUAUUUUAAAUAAUAAAUGUUUCCCUUCAGUAUAUUAAAAUCUUGCAGAAACUUUUAAGUUAAUAUAAAAGAAAUGUGCAUAUAGGUCUCGACUGUUUCAGUGUUCUGUCAGAAGUGAAGUGUUGCAUCUCUGAGCUGUUUCUGAAAGUCUGUGCCCAAACACACGAACAUUGAGAGAUUUUAUGCAUUUCCAGAAUAGAUAAGCCUUUUAAUGCCCCCAUUGUUAUGUUUAUGAAACAUUAAAAUCCCUCCACUCAGUCUCUGUUUGGUUAAACCUUCAUGAAGACAUAUGGCUGCCUUUGUGUCCAAGGCGAUUUCAUUCGUUCUCUUUUUGAACUGGCGGAUUAGAGUCAUAAGAAAGCGCUCAAUGUCACUCACUGUUUCUCACAUGCUUUGUGAUUCAUGAACCAGGGGGCUGAAAGGACUGACUUGUUUGUGUUCUCAUUAAGCAUAUGGAUAAAAUAUUUCAGCUAUGGCUCUUAGAAGGCUUAUCUGCAAGGAUUCAGCUCCUGCUUUAUUGUGAUGAAUCUGUUUGCAAAGACAAAAAAGAUGAAAGGAGAGAAUUGUGUGGAAGGUAAACAGUACAGGUGUAUUUGAGCACCACCAAUUCUUGCGCACAAUUCUCCCCUCAACAUUUCACUUUAUGUAUAUAUGCAUGGCACAAAUUCCAUAACUGGAAAUUUGUUGAGGUCCAUCUAAGACAAUGACCACGAUUCUGUGUUUUUGAGGGUAAACAUUUUAUGGAGCCUUUCAUGUUAAAGUUUAAGUGACUCCAUAUGGACAUCUGUGGGGUGUUAUGAAGGUCGGUCUGGGAGUUGGGAGUGGAAAUCUGUUAUCCAGAUGUUUUCUGUGAGAGUAAGGGAUGAAGAGGACCUCUUACACCAAGAAAGAGAGGCCUUACUCUUAUUUGUCCGCAGUCCUCAGACCUGUCUCUUACAAUCUGCCUUGUUCUUCCUCUCACUGUUUGGCUCAGUUUCUCUUUCUGUCUCAAAAGUAUCCAAUACAGUGCUGUGAAAAAUUAUUUACCCCCUUCCUGAUUUUUAUUAUUUAUUUUUUUCAUACUAAAUUGUUUUAGAUCUUCAAAGUAAACACAAAAUACAGUUUUCAAAUAUAUAUAUGACUUACUCCUAUACUUUGGAUCAUUGUCUUGCUGCGUAAUCCAGUUGCGCUUGAGCUUCCACUCACGGAUUGAUGACCGGAUGUUCUCCUUUAGAAUUUUCUGGAAGAGAGCAGAAUUCAUGUUUCUCUCAAUUAUUGCAAGUCUCUCUGGCACUAAAGCAGCAAAGCAUGCACCAUCAGUGCCACCACCAUGCUUGACCGUAGGUAUGAUGUUUUUUUGUGUGUGUAUAAUUCUGUGUUUGAUUUAUGCCAGAUGUAACGGGACCCGUGUCUUUCAAACAGUUCCACUUUUGACUCAUCGGUCCACAGAACAUUCUCACAAAAUAGGCUUCCCUCGAUAUUGCGGAGCACAGACCUCAAAACAGAUGUGACCAAUUUCAAUUCUAGUUAGACUUUUCUAGUUUAAAGCAUUACGUAGGAAGUCAAGUCGAGCCUCUCAAACAGUAGGCAGCCCUGACAUGCCAAACAGCACUGAGGAAAAGAGCAACACUGCGCUAUGCGCAAUUUUCAUUAUACAUCACCUUUACAAAAUUGUUUCACGAUUUUACAUGAGUAAAAGUAACUGUUAUAUUUUGACAAUGUUAUAGUUUCAUAUGAAAUAAUCUAAAGGUGAGUUAAUAAUGUGCUUUUUGUUUGUGUUUUGUUUAUAACUGAAAUCAGUUACUCUGAAACAUGGAAAAUGUGUAGAGACAUAGAGAAUUAAAGUUAUUAUUUACAUUUAGUUAUGUAAUUAAUUAUGUGUGAUUUGAAUUAAGGUUGCAUUAAAACUCAGAACCACCAAUCUAUCGGUAUCGGCAGAUGUUGUUCUAAAUAAUUGGAUAUCGGUAUAAGCACACAAAUUUAGUAUUGGUGCAUCCCUAAUAAAU